AUGAAACUCAACCUCCUCACCCUCCUCCCCUUCCUCACCCAUUCCACCGCGGCGCACCCCUCCCCCUCCCCCAAAUCCCAAGCCCCCACCAGCAUUCCCCCCAUCUUCUUCCUCGCGGGCGACAGCACAACCGCCAAACAAAGCACCGGCGGCGGCGGCUGGGGCAACGGCUUCCUCAACACGACGCUGCACCACGGCGCCACCGGGACCAACUACGGGGUCAACGGGCGCACGACGGUCAGCUACCGGGCGGACGGCUACUGGGCGACGGUGCUGGCGGGCGUGGCCAGCGCGCACGCAUCGGGCACGCACAGCCCCUACGUGACCAUCCAAUUCGGGCACAACGACCAGAAGGCGGCCGCCAACAUCUCGAUCGCCGAGUACACGACCAACCUGGAGGUGUUUGUGGGCGACGUGCGCGCCGCCGGCGGCACCCCGAUCCUCGUCACGCCGCUCUCGCGCCGCGGCUACGACAACUCGACGGGCACGCCCCUCGUCGUCGAGAACCUGGCCGACCAGCGCGCCGCCACGAUCGCCGCCGCCCGGGCGACCGGCGCGCGGUGGAUCGAUCUCAACGCCGCGAGCACGCGCUACCUCAAUGCGAUCGGGCCGGCCGACGCGUGGACGUACAAUCUCGUGGCCGAGGAUCAGACCCAUCUCAAUGCCCAGGGGAGUGUGGUAUUCGGAGGGCUCGUGGCCGAGUUGAUUGGGGGGGUACUUCCUGACCUCAAAAGGGAGGGGUUUGUGGUUGUGGAGGAGACGCUCAGGGAGGAUUUGGAUAGGGGGGUGUAUUUUUGGCCGGAUUUGUAG